UACAGUGCAAGAACACAACUUCAUGAAAAUUCAAAAGAAUUAGAUGUACAAGCAUUGUAUUUCAUGGAACGGGGAAUGGCCCAUGGCCGCUUGCCAAUAGCUGAUGGUUAUGUGGAUAAGCAAACACUUGCAGCAACUGCUAAAUCAAAUCGUUUUCGCUCAAGCAACACAGCUGCUUAUCAAGCUGUAGUACAUGAAAAUGAGGAAUUGAAAGAGAGGAAUGAUGCACUGAACGAAACAAAUAAGAAGUUGAAUGAGAAUAAUGAGAUUCUCAUUGAGGAAAAUAGUGUUAAUCGUGAGAUGAUGCUGAGACUUUUUGAGGAUCUUAAGAAGUCUCCACCUGCUGAUCUGAUGAACCGUCUAGCAAAUAUCGACGCCCGUCGUCAUCAGGUUUCUGGACUAUCACAUGUCAGCACUAAUCCACAUGAAAUACUUGCUAGUGGUGAUAUCGUGGACACUGAUGUCGAUGAUGAUGACUACUAUGAUGAGAUGAAUGACAGCAACAGCUAUGACGAUGGCAACCAUUGCUAUGAUGAAGAUGGUAGGGAUGACAUUAGUUGCAGCGAAGAUGCCGAUAUGAAUAGUGGUAAUGGAGAGGACAGCGAUAUGAAUAGUGGUUAUGGAGAGGACAGCAUCAAUGAAGAGGAUGACAGUGAUGAUAACGAGGACGAUAUUGAUGAUAAUUGAUGCACUGGAUGGGAGUAAAAUCUGAACAUGCGACCCUAGGUUGAAACAAAACCUUUUGGUGUUGUACUCGUUGACCUUGAGCUAUGUGUUGGCUGCUCGAACUUGUGUUAGAUGGCUAUGACUUUAGGGUGCUGGAGACAUUGUAAUAUGUUUGGAGUGCAAGUGUUGGACACUUUGUGAUUGGUUGGACUGAAAUUAAUCGAAUGUAUGCAUGUAUUGAAAUC